CCCAUUCGUGAGCCAGAGCCAGGUCUUCUCCUUGUCAGCUUUUCCUUCAAUUUUGUCAAGGAACUUUCCAUGCAAUGUUUUGUUGUGCCAGCUGUCAGCUCUAGUUUGUAGUGCAGUUUUCUUGUAGUGGUUUUUUGUCUGCUGUGCUUUGAGGAUUAUUAUUAUUAUUAUAAUCUUGGAUCAUGAUGGAUGGGGUUGGACUGGAUGACCCUGGGGUCUCUUCUGCCAAUAGGAUCCUGGGGAUGCUGGCUGCUCAUCCCAGUCAAAAGUCUCACCUGCUGAGGACAAUCACCGGGCGGAUGAGAGCUGCCUGGCAACCUGAAGCCGCCUUAAUGGGGCCGAUCCCCUCCCUGGCGUGACCCCGUCCCGCUGGCGCCUUCCUCAGGGUGGUCCUCUCCGUCCCAGUAUCCCCGGGAAGAGAGGAAGGAUGAGCCCUGGGUGCUGGGAGAGGAGCCACCAAGACCUGCCGGGAAAGAAGUGACCGAGAUGAUGGGGGGCUGCGAGGGUCCCCCCGGCCCCCCGGAGGUGUGCGCCACAUGUCUGGUGACCCCGCCGAAUCUGGAUCCGGCCGCGCGGGAAGAAGGAGGCCCGAACGUGGACCAGGAGAUGCAAUGGGUCUCGACCAGGAUGGAGAGCCAUCUGGAUGCCCCUCCUCUCAACACCCAGCCAUUCCCGACGCCAACGCAGGGCCAAAGCUACGGGCCGUUCCCCUUUGGGAGCCUGGGCCUCUGCGAGGAGGGUUUCGCCAGCGAGGAGAUGCCGACGGUCCCCGCCGAACCAUCCUGCGAGGACAUGUGCGUCCGAGAGUCUGCCGAGAGGUGCUGUGGGUGGCCCUACGAGGAGGCCUGCAAAAUGCUGCCGGAGAGGCCCCUCGAGGAGCCGUGGCCCGGGAAGGUCCGCCUGCCCUCGAUCGUGGUGGAGCCCACCGAGAGGGAGGAGGUGGAAAGCGGGGAGCUCCGGUGGCCCCCCGAAAACUUCUUGUUCCUGGACGAGGAGGAGCAGGACGAACUCUUCGACAGAGAGGAGGAAUCCCUGGAAACGGGGUUGUCCUCUUUCGACAGUGAUGUGGAGGAAGUGCUUUUGUGACGCCACUGGUUCGGGAACAGACAGACAGGCCGGGUGCGAGACGCAUCCGCAAUGCAACAUAUAUCGGAACUGUAGAGAUUUAAACCAGAACUGGGUCUCUUUUGGGCAUCGGGUGGCAAAUGUUAUAUUUAUUAUUUGUAUGUAUAAUGCAUCAUUGAAUUUUGCCAUAGUCUGUAAGCCGCUCUGAUUCCCCUUCGGGAUGAGAAGAGCGGGGUAUAAAUAUAGCAAAUAAAAAUAAAAAUUGACAUCUAUACUUACAAAGUGUUCUGUUUCUAAUUAACGUUGAGCCAUUUAGGCUUAUACUCGCAGGAGAAUAAAACUGGAAUGCAGAGUAACAUUGAUUGGAAGCGGAACACUUUGUAAGUAUAGACCCAAUACCUUUUCGAUAUAUAUUAUUUUAUGUUUAUCCACACUGUGUUUAGUGUACCAAGAGAACAACUUGUCAGCCACGCUAUGUUCCCAAUAGGUUCCACAAUAUCUAUGGAAGACGAUAAUGUUCAUGGGUGUGACUUGUAACCAUUUAUCUGACAUUUCUAUUCAUUUAUUGUACAUAAUACAAUGUUUAAUGUUA